CACUACCGUUCACUUGUCAAACUGUCAUUCACUCGGUGCAACUGCUAGCGAAAUGUCUGAAUUUGCCGGUGAUAAUUCAAAACCACGAGUUGUUGUAUUAGGAGGUUGCGGCUUCAUCGGUCGGAAUCUGGUGGAUUAUUUGAUAUCGAAUGAUUUGGUGAGCGGUCUGCGCGCUGUGGACAAGACGCCGCCUCAGCUGGCGUUUUUAAAUCCGUCUCAUACGAAGAUUUUUGAGGACCCCCGCGUUGAAUACAAAAGUGCCAACUUAAUUAACCCAACAUCAUGCGCCGCAGCAUUAGACCCCGGCGAUGCUCCCUGGGCCAUAGUGUUCAACUGCGCAGGCGAAACCCGUAUGGGCCAAACCGAGGCCGUGUACGCCGAGGGCAUAUGCACGCUCAGCAGCAACGUGGCCAAGCAGUGCGACCAGCAGGGCGUCAGGCUGGUCGAGAUCUCUAGCGGCACCAUGUAUAGCACUGAGAAGCCGCACAAAGAAGACGGCCCGGUGGACCCGUGGACGACGGAAGGCCGCAUGAAGAACAGGGUCGAACAAGAGCUGAAAAGCAUGGAUACACUCAAUUAUACCAUCAUUCGGCCUGCUAUAGUUUAUGGAAUUGGAGAUAGAAGAAGUUUGACCCCUCGUCUCCUCCUAGGCGCCAUCUACAAACACCUAAAUGAAACCAUGAAACUGCUUUGGACAGCUGAUCUCAAGAUGAACACGGUCCACGUAUCUGACGUCUGCCGGGCCAUGUGGGCCUUAGGCAAUAAGCCGGAAGCGAAUAAACAAGUGUAUAAUAUCGUGGAUGAGGCUAAUAGUACGCAGGGAAGCCUGGCUGAACUGGUGUCGGAUAUAUUCAAGAUUAAUCAUGAUUAUUAUGGGACUGCUAUCUCAACUUUAGCCAAGAGCGACAUAGCCUCCGUAGCCGAACAGGCGAACGACAAGCACCUCAGCGCGUGGGCCGACAUCUGCCGCCAGCACUCUCUCGCUCACACACCUCUAGAGCCCGGCGCGGGCGCAGAGCUGCUGCUGAACAAGCAUUUAUGCUUAGACGGAUCCAAGUACAGGACUAUACAGGCUCCGGAGGUCCCUAAACCUACAGCUGAUAAGCUAUCUCAGGUGCUAGAAGACUACGCUUCCAUGAAUCUCUUCCCAAAAGAACUUCUGCUAUGACCGCACACAACACAAACACGAAACACGACUUGAAUUACCGACAAUGAUCAAAACAGCACGGCUACCACGAGUUGCCAUUUGACAUUAACGUUAGCGACUGCGUGACCUCGAUCGCAUUCACUCUAUCGCUCUAUAUCAGUGCGAACGAGAUGGAAUUCGAUCGUGCGACUCGUGGUGCGGCUACUGGAAAGCGUCUGCCGAAUCUUCGACUUAUAUUGCUUGUAGAUUUUGAAUCAUAGCCGUUUUUGUAUCACGGAAUUGUAAGUAACCUUAUGGUGCAUAACUUGAGUUACUAGCGCCACCUAGUGGCGAGUAGGGAAGCCAUAAUAUGGUAAACAGUUGAGGUUUAUUCUUACGCAUUUGGGUGGUUAAGAUAAUAAAGCAUUCCAUUCUGUCUGAUACCCCUAAGUAGAAAAGGCAUGUAAUUAUCUCGUUUUUAAACAACCAACAUACAUUCAGUAAGGUUAACACCUACUAGCGUCAUCUAGUGGCGAAUAGGAGUAAACA